GUGGUUUGAAGCACACAAAGACGGUACGGGCUGCAGUUAACUCUCUAGGCCUAACUAACUAAAACAGCUCACAGAUGAAUGCGAACCGCUCUAGAAUUAUUUAAGUUGAACACUGACCAGUGGACUAAAAUCGCUGGACCAUUAUUCGGUACUCUAAAAGAGGACUCGAUGAAGAUGGAACCGGAUUAUUGAAAAUCCCAUCAGAACCGAGGCCCGGGGGAAAGGUAUUUUCUACUUGAAAGGCAAUUUAUCUUGAACCGAACAUGACAGACUAUGAAGUGUCUGUUCAGCAGCUCAACGAUCUGUUGACAGAUGAAAACGGUGACUUCUGUAUGCCCUCCAAACAUUUUAAUGAAGUCUGCUCUGGGAUACUCCUAGGAAAUGAGUCUGUAGCUACAAAUGUAACGCGUUUGCAUCAGCUGGGAGUGACACACGUCCUCAACGCUGCAGAAGGCCGGUCGGACAUGCAUGUGAACACGGACGCGGAGUACUAUGCAGACACAGGGAUCAUCUAUCACGGGAUACCAGCCUUUGACACCGACCACUUUGACCUCAGUGUAUAUUUUGAAGAAGCUUCCAAUUUCAUUGAAAGAGCUUUGGCUAUGCAAGGCAGGGUGUAUGUACACUGUCAGAAAGGCUACAGUCGUUCUGCUGCGCUGGUCGUCGCACACCUGAUGCUUCAGCACGAGAUGGACGUACGAGCCGCUGUGGCCACAGUGAGAGAGAAACGUGAGAUCGGGCCCAACGACGGAUUCCUGCGCCAGCUCUGCUGUCUGAACGACAGGCUGGCAACCGAAGGAAGGCUGUGUGUUCAUCAGACCUAAAUAUAUAUGCAUUUUAAGCGUUUUUAUUAUCUAAAUGUUAGCGUUUCUCUUUAGUAUCUUCUGCCCUCUAGCGGUAUUGAUAAACGUAGUUUAUCCAGCACAAAGUGUCAAAGGAAAAGUUCACCCCAAAAUUAUUUACUAACCCACAUAUGUAUACUUGUCUUUUUUUAUGUUGAACUUAAAAAGAAGAUAUUUUGACUGCGGAAGUCAAUCAUUGAUUCGACCAUUUGUUUGAUUGCCAGCAUUCUUCAAAAUAUCUUUUAUUGUGUUCAGCAUCAGAAAGAAGCUCAUUCAAGGUUGGCACGGGGCGAGUAAAUGAGGACAAUAUAAAAAAUUUUAUGCGUACUAUUUCUUUAAAACCAUAUGCCCUUCUCUAGCUCUCUAUAUACACAUAAGCAUAGCUGCUCGGACACAUAGGCUAUAAAUUCCUGGUAUUUUUUGCUAUAAAGUCUUUUUACCCUUUUUGUGUAGCCAGUGAUAAUUACAGCUUUCUCCCAAAUAAUCAAACACAAGACGUCUUCACAACAGACAACAAUCAUUUAUUAAACAUCUUUAAAGUGAAAAGUAGCACACAUACCUGAGUUACUUUUAAACCCCUCCCACACACUCUGCUUUCGGUAUUGAACACACAUAUAUUCUGAUUGUAUAGCUGCAAAUAGGAUCGUUUUUAUUAAUCAUGUUCCUGCAUGUGAAAAUAUGAUCUUAAUUAAUUGUUAGUUACUACAUGCAAAUAUAAUUGCUCAAAGCAAAUGCAAAUAUGA